AAAAGAUUUCGACACGAUGGCCCAAGAGCCAACCCACGCAAUCGUCUUUGGGGCGGCCGGACUGCUCGGAUGGGCGACAGUCAACCAGCUGCUUUCUGGUUAUCCAGCCUCAUCUCCAUUCACCAAAGUCACGGCAGUGCUAAACCGCCACGUCUCCAAGGAUGAUCUGCACUGGCCAUCCAGCCCGGAAACUCCCUUAUUACAGAUCGUCUCGGGAGUCGAUCUGCUGCAAGGGACCGGCGAGGAGCUGGCGCAGCAACUCCAGGAGAAAGUUCCUGGAGUAGUUGGUAUAACCCAUGUAUUUUAUUUUGUGUUCACUGCCUUCAACGAAGACCAUAUGGAAGAAUGCACCCGCAACUGCAACAUGAUGCGCCGCGUCGCCUCAGCACUGAACAUCACCUCCCCCAAUCUGAAAUCGUUCAUCUAUCCCGGUGGAUCUCGAGGCUACGGCAUCUACAUCCCGGGCGGAAUCUUCUCACCACCGCUGCACGAAUCCCUCGCCGACGGCCUACCUGAAGAGUACGCGCGUACAGUCGCAUACCCCUGGUUCCGACGGAUCCUCACGGAAGCGAGUCGCAUCCGGAAGUGGACGUGGACCGAAAUCUGCCCCGACGCCGUGGUUGGCUUCACACCAAAUGGCUCGGCGUUUUCCCUUGCACUACACUGGGCGCAGUACCUUUCUCUUUACGCGUGUAAUCAUCGCGAUAGUGACAAGGAGGCUGAAGUCCCAUUUCCCGGGAGUGAAGCGGGGUAUAGAUCGCUCUAUACCCCUGUUUCUGGAAAGAUCCUCGGUCGGAUUGCAAUUUACGCAGCGCUGAACGGGGAGACGUGUGGAGGGAAGAUAGUCAACAUGCUUGAUCAGGAUGAGCCGAUCAGUGCGAGUGAUAUCUGGCCGGCGAUUGCCGCGUGGUUCGGGUUGAAAGGGGUUGGUCCGAGGUCGGAUCCUGCUCAAGAACCCAGCCUGGAUGAGGACGCGUCGCUGGCACCAAGUGAGUACAUCGACAAAUACCGCCAUCUCUUCUCUGAGAAUGGCAAGCCGAAGGGGUUGACGUGUGGCGUUGGGGCUGGGAAUAAGCAGUUGGAUUCGGUUGGCUGGUGGCUCGAGUUUGAUCGGCAGUUUAGUUCUGAGAGGUUGAGGUCUGUGGGUUUUACAGAGCAGCGGGACCCAAUCGAGGGGUGGAUUGAGGCUUUUGAGGAGUUCAGGCGCUCUGGGAUUAUCUUUUAGCAUGAUAAUGGAGCUAUCUCGGGGCCAAGUCUCAGUACUGAGCGUAGCCUGACUUCAGCGAGCUGUUGGAGAUUGGUACUACAAAACAUAGCGAGCUGUCUACGACUGUCGUCACUUCGUGGAAUGUUCGAUAUACUGACCAUUCUUCCCCCUUGUAGCGUUCAAGGGUCGCAUCCAACUGUCACACGAGAUAUAUUCGGCUGAACAGACAUUGGGAUAUAUGGAUGGUAAACAGCAUCCUCACGCACAUAUAUCCAGCACCAAGUGACCAAGGGCUCUUCCAAGCAUCGGAUAGAACCAGUGAAAUCCUAGCCUGAGGUUGGGUUUCUUUUCUGCGUUGUUCUCCAUCCUCCCGCUAAAGGCUGUGCCACUCGUAUGCAUAAAAGGAUCAGGUAACUGGAGUGCAUCGGGGCGCUCGGCCUUUGGGAAAAUGGCGAGAAUCACUGGGAUGAACAUGAGGCUCCAAGACCAAAAUGCGCGCUUCCCCUUGGACAGAAACGCUGGUACGCUGCGCAUAUGCGGAAUUCUCGGCCUUGGAUCGCCUGAUGAGGGAAUGUAUCCAACCACAGCAACGAGAUGAGUGCAGCCUCGUAUUGAAUGCCUAGCCACAUUUACUUCUUCUUGCCCACAAGUGUCAUUUAUGAGGUCGUCCCCGCUCGAGGUUGAGGCGUUGGGAGUGAGAAGUGCCCCAUAACCUAAGCAGGACCUCACGAAAGCAUACAUCCUCCUUUCAUCUUCGCGUUUCUAUGACUUGCAGCGGUUAGCCAUGCAGAAUUCCGAGUACACGAGCUGUACAGCACUGUCGACG